AUGUUCUAUCAUGGAUUCGAUAACUAUAUGGAAUAUGCUUUUCCAAUGGACGAGCUAGAUCCGAUACAUUGCGUUGGACGAGGACGUGACAAGCAAAAUCCGCAAGUAGAUAACAUCGUUAUUAACGAUGUCUUGGGAGAUUUCUCAUUGACGCUCGUGGAUUCUUUGGACACGUUUGUCAUUCUUGACGACAAGAAAAGAUUUGAGGAUGCUGUCAGACUGGUUAUAGAUAACGUGUCAUUUGAUGUUGACAGCAAAGUCCAAGUAUUUGAAGUAAACAUACGCGUAUUAGGCGCAUUAUUGUCUGCGCACUUGUUCGCGAUAGAUAAGCGAUUUGGAUAUGAAAUUGAUUGGUACAAAGGAGAACUAUUAGAGAUGGCUUAUGACUUGGGAGAGAGAUUAUUGCCUGCCUUCGCGCAUACCAAAACGGGGAUCCCGUAUCCAAGGGUCAACCUAAAAUAUGGAUUACCAAGGGAUGAGAUAGAGGAGACUUGUACAGCCGGAGCUGGCUCAUUAAUCUUGGAAUUCGGUACUCUUAGCAGAUUAACCAAUGAUACCCGAUUUGAAAACGCAGCGAAGAAAGCUUUAUAUGCACUAUGGAAUAGACGCACGGAAUCGGAUCUCGUCGGAAACGUAAUAGACAUUCAAACAGGCCAUUGGAUUCACAUAGCCUCUGGAAUAGGAGCAGGAAUAGACUCAUUUUUUGAAUAUCUCCUCAAAUCGUAUACGUUAUUUGGUGAAGCAGAAUAUUACGAAGUGUUCUUGCAAGCAUACACGGCAAUUAUGAAACAUGUCAGAGACGGCAGCGGAUAUGUAUAUCAGAAUAUUAACAUGUAUAAUAGAGGAAUAAUGUCAUCUUGGGUGGAUAGUCUAGCAGCCUAUUUUCCAGGUUUGCAGGUAUUGGCAGGCGAUGUGGAAAAUGCAAUCAAAUUGCAUUUACUAUAUUACAACAUUUGGAAGAAAUAUCAUGCAUUGCCAGAAAGGUUUAAUUAUCAUCUACAGAGACCAGAAAUAGUGUCAUACCCAUUACGACCAGAAUUCAUUGAAUCCACGUAUUUCUUGUACAGAGCCACACGUAAUCCAUUCUAUUUGAGUGUGGGAGAAAUGGUCGUGAACGACUUGGAGCGUUAUCGCACGGAUUGUGGAUAUGCCAGUGUGAGAGAUAUUCUUGAGGGGGAACUUGAUCCACGCAUGGAAAGCUUUUUAUUGAGCGAAACGUUCAAGUAUUUGUAUCUAUUAUUUGAUGUUGAUAACAAGUUUAAUACGCUGGAUACCAAUGUUGUAUUUACGACCGAGGCACACAUCCUCAUGCUCUCAACCACCUACCUCAAAUUCCAACCUUCGAUAAUCCAAAAACACGACCCCAGCCUCGAAAUGCCAACCUGCCCUCGUUAUACUCCACAACCUGGACUUCUCUCCAGCAUCCUGGAUAGACCUGAUGCGGAUUACGCGAGAGCGCUGGUUGGUCUCGACGCCGACACUAUCAUACCGCAUGCACGAGGAUACUGCGAGGCGGUUUCUACCUCGCCGCAUGUAAUUGAAGUGAGUUUUGGAGAACGUUUGCCAGAAAAUUAUAAACCAAUGCCGCCGACAAAGUUCGAUGGCGGAGUGAUUAUUGAUCAGUUGACUGGUAUUAAAUUGGAGUUGACUAAGCGUUCCGAUAGGAAUGGAUACAAUAUAUCAAAAGUGAAUGAUUACAGAAUUGCUCCUGGAGAAGUUCUGGAAAUACGUGACCCAUCGAUAAAGGAACAUUGGCUAAAGCAACAAAGUUAUUCCAAAAUUACGCUCCGACUUUAUCGCCCUUCUUUACACGACUAUACCGACAUUUCUGGCGUAACUGCCUCGUUCUCACCGACCGUUCAUCACUAUUUUCCUCAUCCUCUUUACAAUCUUCACCACUUGCCGAAAACUCCGUACGGUUGUUCUCCUUACUCAUCAUCUGAAAAAUAUAUGCUGCGGAACUCGUAUAUUGUUGUAAAGCGUGGGGAAUGUACUUUCUAUGAAAAAGCUAUUCAUGCGCAGGAUGCCGGUGCCAGAGCGGUGAUAGUAGUCUCAGAUGAAAACCACUUGUUUCAACCUGCGAUGCCAUCGGAGAAUAUAUUAGAAGAAGUUAGCAUUACGUGCUUGUUGGUUACUAAGGAAAGCGGCGACAUUAUUGAGCGAGCAUUAGAAGAUGCAGGCAAAAAUGAAAUUCAGGAGGGAGUAAUCGAAAACGUGAUUUCAGAUGAAGGUAACGGAGAAAGUGAAACCAAGGCCUCAUUGUUACCACCAGAGACAAACAUGGGGAGUGUUGUUGUUGGGAAUGAUUUUUAUUUGGCUAUCUAUGACCAUAUAGUGCAUAAUAUUAAAUUAAAUCUAAAUGGGCAGUAA